CUCACCUCUGACUGAAGCCCGUCUCCACCUUUCAUCUCCCAACUUGUCCCGCGCGAGGAUGGAUGCGUUCCCCUGUGCUCGGGCCCGGUGAAAGUGUCAAAAAGAAGAAAGCGGUCAUAUGUGGGGAAACCAUCGGUAACCGGAGUGUCUUUGGGCGUCGGUGAUGUUUGCAAUUGGUGACUGCAGAAAUUUCCCCAACGUGUCGGCGAGUCGACAGACAGACCACUGCUUACUACUGGUGCGCUCUUGGAGAGGGAGAAUGGACACGCGGAUGGUUGCUCUCAGCGGCUGAAAGAACUGUUUUGGUUGCUUUAGUUCACAAACCGGAGACAGUAGAUUGUCACAAAGUCGCACAGGUGAAAACAGGAUUGAUUGAUUAAUCGAUUGCUGCUUUCGCUUGAGGAGGAAUUCAUGCGCCGAUAGCUUCCACGGGGCCAAUAUGCCAGAAUGGGUCCUCUACAGUAUUUAUUUCUCUGUGGACUCCUGUGCACCCAAACCCACGGGUCUCGUCUUCGCCAGGAAGACUCCCCUCCCCGUAUCUUGGAGCACCCCUCUGACCUCAUUGUGUCCAAAGGGGAACCAGCCACACUCAACUGCAAGGCAGAGGGCCGCCCGACCCCUACGGUGGAAUGGUACAAAGACGGGGAGCGCGUCGAGACGGACCGCGACACUCCCCGCUCCCACCGCAUGCUGCUGCCCAGCGGCUCCCUCUUCUUCCUACGCAUCGUCCACGGACGCAGGAGCAAACCCGACGAUGGCAGCUACGUGUGCGUGGCCCGAAACUAUCUGGGGGAGGCCAUGAGCCGCAAUGCGUCUCUUGAAGUAGCAUUGUUACGUGACGACUUUCGACAGAACCCGCAGGAUGUGGUGGUGGCAGUCGGGGAGACUGCCAGUCUUGAGUGUCAGGCUCCACGUGGGCAUCCUGAACCCACCACGUUCUGGAGGAAGGAUAAAUCUCGUCUUGACCUCAAAGAUGACAGGAUCACGGUCCGUGGAGGAAAGCUGACCAUCUCAAAUACAAAGAAAACUGAUGUUGGGAUUUAUGUAUGUGUGGCAGCUAAUAUGGUUGGAGAGAGGGAAAGUGAAAAAGCUCAGCUCUCAGUGUUUGAACGGCCAGUGUUUGUGCAGCGGCCUGUGAACCAGGUGGUCUUAGUGGAUGAGAGUGUGGAGUUCAGGUGUCAGGUCCAUGGUGACCCACCGCCUACGCUGCGCUGGAAGAAGGAGGACGUUGAUAUUCCCCGCGGCAGAUAUGACAUCCGAUAUGAAAAAGAGGACUUCCUGCUGCGGAUCAAGAAAGCGACAGUGGGUGAUCAGGGAACUUUCACCUGCCUGGCAGAGAACCGUGUGGGUAAAGUGGAGGCCUCUGCUUACCUGACUAUCAGAGCUCGCCCCGUUGAGGCGCCCCAGUUUGUGGUGCGACCCCGUGACCAGAUUGUUGCACAAGGACGAACAGCCACUUUUCCCUGUGAGACCAGGGGUAAACCUCAGCCUACAGUCUUCUGGCAACGAGAAGGAAGCCAGGAUCUUCUGUUUCCCAACCAGCCGUCACAGGGCGAUAGUCGGGUUUCUGUGUCCACAAAUGGAGAGUUGACCAUUUCAUCUGUGCAGCGCUCAGAUGCAGGGUAUUACAUCUGCCAGGCCCUCACUGUAGCAGGAAGCAUCAUGGCCAAGGCCCAGCUUGAGGUUGCAGAUGCUCUGAAGGACCGCCCACCACCAAUUAUUCGCCAGGGCCCAUCCAACCAAACGCAGGCGUUGGGAGGUGUGGCCAUUCUCAUGUGUCUGGCAUCAGGUGACCCAGAGCCUACAGUCACCUGGCGAAAGAAUGGUGCCAGUCUGCUUGGAAAGGAUCCAAGGUUUUCCCUGCUGGAGCAUGGCAGCCUUCAGAUCCAGGGUACCAAGCUGACUGAUCCGGGGCUGUACACUUGUGUUGCCACCAGCUCCAGCGGAGAAACAUCAUGGAGUGCCUACUUAGAUAUCAGAGACUCCCCUGACCUCGUAGACUUCAUGUCUCACAACGCGUCCGCCCUCCCAGGGCCACCCUCCAAGCCAGAGGUCACUGAUGUCACCAAGAGCAGUAUCUCGUUGGCAUGGGAACCAGGGCCAGAGGCGGGUUCCCCAGUGUCGUCCUAUGUCAUCGAGGCCUUUGGUCAAUCAGUGAGUAACAGCUGGCAGACAGUGGCAGACCACGUGAAGACCACCGAGUUCACAGUCACGGACCUCCGACCCAAUACUGUCUACCUGUUCAUCAUCAGGGCGGUCAAUGCUCAAGGGCUUGGGGACCCUAGCCCCAUGUCUGAGCCGGUGCGGACCCAAGACAUUAGUCCCACAGCACAAGGGGUGGAUCAUCGGCGUGUGCAGAAGGAGUUGGGAGAUGUGGUGGUCAGCAUGCAUAACCCUGUGGUCCUUAGCUCCACUUCAGUUCAGGUCACAUGGACUGUGGAGAAUCCAUCGCAGUUUAUCCAAGGCUACCGGGUUCUGUACCGGCAAACGUCAGGUCUACCCUCCCCAGGGCCAUGGCAGAUAGAGGACCUGAAGGUCGCCGCAGAGAGGGACAUAACUCUCUCAGGUCUGAAGAAAGGCAUCGUGUAUGAGAUUAAAGUGCGGCCAUACUUCAACGAGUUCCAGGGUGCAGACAGCGAAUCCAUGACAGCACGCACCUUGGAGGAAGCACCCGGUGCACCCCCGCAGCAAGUGACUGUGUCCACAGUCGGGAGCCAUAACAGCACGUCUAUAAGCGUAUCAUGGGACCCUCCCCCCUCUGACGAGCAGAAUGGCAUCAUACAGGAGUACAAGAUCUGGUGUCUGGCCAACGAAACCCGCUUUCACGUCAAUAAGUCUGUGGACGCAACCAUCCGUUCAGUGGUGGUCGGGGGGCUGCAGGCUGGUGUGCAGUACCGCGUGGAGGUGGCUGCAGGCACCAGCGCAGGGGUGGGGGUCAAGAGCAAACCCCAGCUCAUCAUCUUGGGUGCAGAGCUGCGGGACAUAAUGACGGGCUCGGAGGGCAACAACAGCAUUUCAGACGUGGUCAAGCAGCCGGCCUUCAUCGCUGGGUUGGGAGGAGCCUGCUGGAUCGUCCUCAUGGGCUUCAGUGCCUGGCUAUACUGGAGGAGGAAAAAGAGGAAGGGACUGAGCAACUAUGCAGUUCAGUCCUUCACCUUCACCCGUGCAGUGACGUUCCAAAGAGACCGAGGCCUGAUCAGAAACGGGAGCCGUCCAGGGCUGCUGAAAGCGGGCGACCAAGGCCUCCCGUGGCUGGCUGACUCCUGGCCCUCCACCAGCCUCCCGGCUAACGGAGGCUUAGGAAGUCCGAAGGGCGGCAGCAACUUUGGACGAGGAGAUGUUUUACCGUCCGCCGCCGUUGAGAAAACGGGUACCAUGCUGUCUGAUGGUGCCAUCUACAGCAGUAUUGACUUCAUGGGCAAAGCAGGCUACAGCAGCCCGGCGCGAGUCAGCCAGCCCACCCCCUACGCCACCACGCAGAUACUCCAGUCCAACAGCUUCCAUGAGCUGGCUGUGGACAGGCCAGAUCCCCGCUGGAAGGCUUCCCUGCAGGCCCAGCAGGAGAUGGCAAACCUAGGCUACUCGCUAACCGACAGACGCCCUGGCAGCGGUGCAAAGGUUGGGAAGAAAAAGAAGGUGAAGGGUGGAACAAAGGGCUCUAAAUCAAAUGGGACAUGUUGGGCGAACAUCCCCCUGCCUCCCCCACCCAUGCACCCUCUCCCUGGUACCGAAGUUGACCUUGACCGCUACCCUCAGGAAAACCACGGAGGAGGGUACGACAGCAACAGUUGGGCCCCUCCACUGUCAGUCCAGACCUACCGCCACCAGAACCUGGACAAUGACGUUGAGGAAGAGAGAGGUCCCACCCCUCCUCUUAGAGGAAGAUCCUCUUCCCCUGGAGCUGCUACCUUUGGCCAACCCUCGUCUUCCACUCUCAGCUCUGCCCACCAUGAGGAGAUGCAGUCCAUUCUGCAGGCCCACUUGGAUGAGCUGACCAGAGCAUACCAAUACGAGGUGGCCAAGCAGGCAUGGCACAUGAAGAGCACUCCAAGCGUGUCCAGCACCCCCAUCCCUCCGAUGGACUUCAUGUCUGGUACUCUGGGCUCCGAUUUAGGAGCUACUCUGCUUUCGGAAGAAGAUGAAGAGGAGGAGGAGGAAAGAUAUGCGAUGGUGUCAAAGAAUCUGUGUGGCUUUGAAUACACCGCUGGUCACAGCAUGGAUAACCUGGAGGGCUCAGGUAAAAGUUCCCAGCAAUGUCGCCCAGAAGGCCCUAGCUCUGCAGACCACGGUGCACCUGGCACACAUAGCCUUGGCCACAAGAGGGCACCACUGACUGGCCUCAAACCCCAGUCAGACAAGGUCGGGACUCUGCCCAGACGAAGAGACACAAACACAGACGCAGCCCACACACCGGUCAUGAAGCCCCUGCACAGUGUGGGCUCCCGCAUGCACAGCUCAUGGGCAGCUGCAGCCUCGGAUCCCUCUGAGGAGUGCAUGGUGACCGUGUCGACGCUGGAACGGCAGCAUAUGGCUUCCUGGAGCGGCACGACAGCAUCCAACAGGGCCACCCUGAGCAGGAGCUCCCACAAGAGACCUGGCACAGAUCCCAUUCACAACGGGCAUCCUCCAAUAAACAGCACAGAGAAACGGGAACACUAGUCUUUUCUGAGGCAUCAUUCCCUACAGUUGCUGCCUGCCUGCCUGCCUGCCUGUCCCGGGACACCUUGUUUGUAAGCGCUAUGAGAUUUUCUCUCUGCGAGUGACACAGAAUGAUGCUUGGAAGAAGGGGAGCAGACAGAACGAAGAUGAAGCGACUGAGCGCGAGCCAAGAUGCAGAGCUGUAAAUGUCAUGUACAGACACAGACACUAGUCUCACAGUGUUAUUUUCAUCCCCCCUCUUCAAAAGAGUAAACAGUAUGUUAUAUGUCUGCUUCUAUUUCCUGUCACAUGGUGUACAAAGAUUCACACAGUGGAGAUGAAGAAGAAAAAUCUGAACGAAUCUAAGACUAAUGAAGAAGAAAAAGGACUUGCAUAAUUUGUAAAUAUAUUUUUUAAUGUUUCUCUCUUUCUUUUGCUUUGCUAUGCAAGCCAAACCCAAUGUUGUCUCUUUUGUGAUUUAUUACUGUGAAUCAUUUUUCAUUAAUGCUCAAACUGUUAGCUUAUUUUGAUGAAGCUACUGUAUUGUUGUACUUUGCACAGAGCAUUUUGGUAAAAAUAAGCACAAACCUGUUGUCAGCUGAGCUGAGGAGGAGAAUCAUAAUGGCAAAUAGGGACGUCUAUGUUAAACAGAACCUAAACAGAAGAUAUAUACUUGGCUGUGCUGUUAUUGUUGGAGAAAUACUCUUAUGUGGAGAGCUACACAGAAAAAACACAAUUAAAUACAUGGAAAUGAUAUGCCAAUAUAACCUACACUACUUGUUGGGGCUUUUAUUAUGCAUUGUGAGAACAGCAGUUCCCAGCAAAUGGUUACCAGAACAUGUUUUUAUCGUAACAAAGCAACACACCAGUUGUGAUAUCCAAAGCAAAGCAAAGAAAAGAGGUUUGUCACUUCUCUGCCAUUCCCAGAAUAUGUUAAUAAAAAAUCUCUAUAUAUACGUUCUUUAAUGACAUACAGUGACAAUACAACAGUGCAAUAUGGAAAGGGCAAUAUACCAGUAAAGGGGUAAUGUCAGUGGAAGACACAGGCCAAAAUGUCUUGAUAUCACCUGGCUCAAAUGGGACGCAGAGUGAAAUGUGAUCUAUAUAUGAUGUUGAACAUCAAAGAAAUUAUUCUAAAUUUGUUUCUAUGUAUUACACUUGGUAGAAUUAUUGGUUAUGAUUUCACACGAUCACCUUACAAAGAUGUAUAGACUUGAACGACUGCCAAAUUUGAAGAUCUUUUAAAAACUCUUUUCCACUUUUAAACUGCAGCCAAUUCGCAUUUUCUGCCAAUGAGAUUCACGAUGCCAUGUCUUUACACUUGUUUGAAUGGUUUUGUUCUAACCGUAGUUCUGGUAACGGCUCUCCCUUUGAAGAAUCUUUACCUGCCAGAUUGGUUUUUGCCCUCAGGAAUACACAGCCACAUACAGUAGGGCAGUUUUUCAAUCCUUUGAUGCAAAAUAAAAUGUGUAUGUGAAAAUGAA